AUGGUUGAGGAGCUGGUUAAGGAGGGGAGAGAUAGAAAAGGUGCCAGCUUAUCAGAGUCAGGAGAGGCUGUAGCUGAUAGGCGCAAGUGCCCUACAAAGCGUAAAGCUCCUGAGAAGAAGUCCGAGUCCACUCCCUCUACCCCCUCCAUCUUUACUCGCACGAAGAAUGCCUCCCUUGAACAGCGCAUUGAGAUCUUAGACUGGCAUCAUACCAAUGGUAAAAACCAGUCUAAGACUGCAAAGCACUUUGCACCCAUCUAUCCCAAUCUCUGCAUCAAACAGCCGUUGAUCUCUGCGUGGCUCAAAGACGAGACAAGGUGGCGUCAACGCUGGGCUGAAUCAGAGGCCUCUCAUAAUGUAGAUUAUGCAAAGCGUGCUAAGCGUGCUAAGCAGGUUGAGCAUCCUGAGGUUGAUGAGAUGCUAGAGCUCUGGGUUGCAAAGGCUAUGCGUGAUAAUGUUCACCUCUCAGGCGAAAUUCUUCAUUUGAAGUGGAUGCGCUUCGCUGAUUUGGCCAAAGUGCCUCUUGUUGAGUAUUUGAGUCUCAGUGAUGGCUGGCUCACAUCAUUCAAGAAGCACUGCGGCCUUCGCGAGUUUAAGUGUUGUGGAGAAGCAGCUUCUGCAGAUCCUGAGACGGUAGAGAAGGGGAAGGAGCGAGUGCGCGAGCUUAUCAAGAAGCAUGGCUAUCAUUUGAAGGAUAUUUAG